AUGAAUUCUGAAGAUGAAUCUAGUGGUAAUGAUAAUCAGGAAAUUGACGAUGAAAGUAUAACAAGUGAAGAUGAUGACAAUCAUCAAGAUGAAUCAUCUAUGCAAAUGGAUGAAUCGACAAAUUCACAUGAUUCAAAAAUAGAUAUAGAAAAACAAAAAGCUGAUGCUUUAAAAAAGCAAAUUGCUUUAUGGGAUUCAUUUCUUGAAUUACGUAUAAAACUUCAACGAGCUACAAUAACUUGUAACUGUUUACCAACAUCAACAAUCUCAGAUGAUAAUGAAUUACGUGAAGUAAUCGAUGAAAAUGCAAAACUUUUUCGUAAAACGCUUGCUUUACUUCUUGCUAUUGAAAAUCGUCGUUCAAAUAAACGAGUACAUGAAGAUGACAAUGACGAAGAAGAAUUAAACGAGAAAAAUAAUUUUACUGAAACAACAGAAAUUUUUAAAAAAAUUUCAAAACGUCUUAAAUAUGAUGAACAAGCUAUUGAUGAACAGCUAAAUAAAACUUAUGAAUGUUUCAUACCAGAAAGAGAUGCUGUUAUACAAAAAUGGUUUGAACGUACACGUGGUUUUACUAAACAAAAUAAAACAAAUCUUGUUGAACAAUCACCACUUGUCCAAAUUAAAGAGAUUAUGUCUUUACCUGAUCGACUUAUUAAACGUACACAAACAAGUCGAAUAGAUUAUGAUCUAAUUUGUCCACCUUCUUCACCUAAUCAUUCUGAAACAUCAAAUAAUUUAACAACAAAACUUAAUUCUGAACUUUUUGAUGAUGGUGAUUUUUAUCAUCAAUUAUUACGUGAAUAUAUUGAACGUAAAACAUCAUCAAUCACUGAUCCUGAACAAAUAAGCAAACAUUGGGCACAAUUAAGAAAAUUACGUAAUAAAUUAAAAAAAAAUCUUGAUACAAAAGCAAGUAAAGAUCGAAAAAUUCGUUAUAAUGUUCAUAAAAAAUUAAUUAAUUAUAUGGCACCAAUUGAUCGAUGUUCGUUUACUGACGAAGCAAAAACUGAUCUUUUUUCAUCAUUGUUUGGUACAAAUAAAUUAACAACAGUUGAUAUUAAACAAACAUCACCAGUAAAUGAUAUUCGGAUUAUUUAA